AUGUCUGCUCAAACGAGUGCAUUGGACGUUCAAAAGCUCUACUCGACGACUAGGCAGCCCACUGGCGCUAUCCCUUCCGUCCCCCAUUAUCGCAUUCCUGUGAUCACAGCUACAAGUGGACUGAGCUACUCCCCUGGACAACGCUACGCGGCCUCGGAGAUCUACGCACGGACGGCGGCAAGGCGGAUUACUACAGUAGCGCCUGUUAAGGAUGCGGAGCUUAUCAACAUCAACUUGCCAACUGGAAAGUACAAGUGUAUGUUUCAGGACGAGGAUGGGACCGUGUGCAAUAUGGAGGUCGACCACGGGCGACCCCACACAUCCGCGAUCACAAUGCCGACGUUCACGGCCAAAAGUGGGAGGCGCGCGGCGGACCAGAUGGACUUCCCCGAGUAUACACGCUUUCAGUGCUCCACAUGCGGGAAGAAAUUUACGCGAUCGGAUGCUGGGAAGAGGCAUGUCGCAGCGCACAAUAGGUUGGCGGUAGAACGAGCGGGGACCUCGGGCUCUGGCUCUGGCUCUGGCUCUGGCUCGGAACAAACGCCGUCGACUUAA